AAGAAUAUUGGUCAGUUGAACUACUGCUUCAACGUGUGUUAGUCGUCUUUCUUCGCAAUCCGUCUGUUUUUGAGAUACUUUUCGCCAUUCAACGGAAGGAGUAAAGUAAUUUUUUCGUGCGUGAUUAUAAAUCCCAGAAACAUGGCUCGUAGGAAGAGAAGUGUAGUUUCCAUGGAAAAAGAGCUUGUGCGACCAGCUGUGAAUCAUAGACAAACCAGGGAAUCGACACGACGUAGAAAAUCUUUCCAGCCGGCUCGUUUCUCUAACUAUGUAUUCAAAGUACUGAAGCAAGUGCAUCCACAGUUGUCGAUGACGAAUAAAGCAAUGAAAGUAAUGGAUGAUUUCAUGCACGACAUCUAUUCUCGUCUGGUUUCUGAAGCCGCUGGAUUAGUGAAACUAACCAAAAGAUCAACCCUUUCAGCUUCAGAGUUUCAAACAGCCACAAGGCUAAUUUUGCCUGGGGAAUUAGCUAAACACGCCAUCAGCGAAGCGUCAAAAGCUGUAGCAAAUUUUCUAACGUCGAGGAAUGACGAUGCCAAGAGAUCCCACGCUCGCCGAGUCAUUAAUAAUCCACAGUCCACUACUUCAGUCGGUGCGAGCAGUCAAGAGCCUGUCGAAAUUGAAAUUUUUGGAACUGGGCCGCGUCCACCUGUGGGUGCCGAUACCGAAUCGAUUGAGGAAGAUGAGUUUGUGAAGCAUAUUAAUCCCAUUCGAAAAUCUCACCCAGUGUUUCCAUCAAAGGAUAAUCAGACAGAAGAUAUGAAAAGAAUUCAAAAUGCAAACAAAAAUAUUCCAGAUAGCUCAACGUCGUCGACAUUACAUCCCAUCAACGAGGAACGUGAAAUGUCUGAUGAAAACAUAACAGAUGAGGAAAAUGACUCGGCAAUGCUAGGCGAACCAGGUCCUCCAACGCCUCCCGCAGAAGUAGAGUCGGACGCUUCAAUCACCACGUCCGAGACACCUCCAAUGGAAGUCGAGUCGGACACAUUGACCACCACAUCCAAAACACAUCCCAUUCCGUUAGAAUCAGACGCUUCGACAACCAAACCAGAUAUACUUGACAAAAGUGAGAUCGGUGAUGCCAAUCAGCCAAAAUACAAUGAUGAUGUGGCGAAUAAGAAACGGGACGAAGAAGCGGAGACCUUAGAAAUGGACGCUCAAUCUGUCGAUAGCGAAGACGCCGGAUUGUUGAUAGUCGUAAAUGUCAAGGAAAGUGUUGGUCGAAAUCCCACACUUAUAUCAGCUGGUUCGACACAUAUGACAUCCAGAUCGGACACCAUGCAUUCAAUCGUAGAUACAGAGAGUCAGCGUGUUUCGGUAUCUAUAGAUACCGUGCGACCACCGCGUGCGGAAAAUGAGGCUAUGGGAUUCGAUACUAGUAGUUCUACCAAUUCAGAAGCAACUGAAGUACAACCGCAACUUACUGUUCGAUGUUCUACGGUUACUAGCACAAAAACAACACUAAUUCACGAACGCAAAGAGAAAGUCAGUGAAUGGUUUACUGGAUAGAAGAAUAAAUGAAGACCCCAGCCUACCAAAUUCUUUACAUAAUUUUGUUCAUAAUAGGGUAAUGAAGACCCAAAUAACUGUUAUAAUUUUUUUCCCUCUCCAAACUGUUUUACAAGUUUUUAAAAUUAUCUUCAAAACUGUUGCAAUCAGAAGUAUCGAGAUUUGGUAGAAAAAGUCACGAACGUUUUUCGUUUGUUUGAUGGGCAAAUAUCUGAUAAUUGUGCAGAACUGACGGAUUGAAGUUAUUCUGUCUUAGUAGUUCGUCAUACGUGUAUUAAAUUGAUGGAAUAAGUCACAUUUCAAUUUGAGCUCCAUCAGAAUGUUGUUUCCAGUUUCCCGAUAGGGAUUAUGUGUAGGCCUAUAGAUGAUUGAUAAGUACACUCGUCCGUUUUUUGGCGA